AUGGAUUCAAUGUCCCUGUGCUUUCAGCUGCUCUUGAUGCUUCAAGUCUCGUGCCUCGUAACGACGUCGUUCGCGGAUCCGUCGGUCCCCGACCUCCUCCUCAAGUUCAGGGAUUCUCUGACGAACGCCUCGCGGCUGAGCAACUGGAGCCUCAACAAUGUCCCGUAUUGCAAUAAUGGUACUGCGGUUUGGACAGGGCUGGUCUGCAAGGAAGGACAGUUCGUCGGACUCAAGCUGGAAGGGAUGGGACUCGCCGGAAGAAUCGACGUCGACACGCUAUCGCAGCUCAACUCCUUGUCGCCUGACUCGCAUCUGCGCUCCAUAAGCUUCAUGAAUAACAACUUUGCAGGGCCAUUUCCGAAUGUGGAGAAGCUCCAUUCACUGAGAGGUAUAUUCUUGUCGAACAAUCGGUUCUCCGGUGAGAUACCGGACGACAUGUUUUCCGGCAUGAACGCGAUGCAGAGAGUGCUGUUGGCGAACAACCAGUUCACUGGGAGGAUUCCGUCGUCAUUGACAGGAUUGAGAAACCUGUCAGAGUUGAAGCUUCAGAACAACCAGUUUGAGGGUCCCAUUCCGGAUUUCCCGCAGAAGGAUUUGGACGUCGACUUCUCUAAUAAUAGACUUGAAGGUCCCAUACCGCCUCAUCUGAGUGGUAAAAACGCCAGCAUUUUUGCAGGUAAUCCAAAAUUGUGUGGCAAGCCGCUGAAAGUAGAAUGCCCGCCGAAGAAGAAAACAUUCCCCAAAAUAGCAAUCAUCAUCGCCGCCGUGGCAGGCGUUCUCUUACUCGCCGCCAUCCUAGCAUUACUCGUCCGCCGCCGCCGUCGACGGAGCAACGGAGAACUCCCAGCGAAAAGCAACGUCCCAAUCCCAAAGGCGGCGGCGGAGAACUCCGCCUCAGAGAUCUACACCACGCGAGGCGGGGAGAAGGGAAAGCUGAACUUCGUGAGGGCGGACAGGGAGACGUUCGAGUUGGAGGAUCUGCUGAGGGCCCCGGCGGAGGUGUUGGGCAGCGGGAGCUUCGGGUCGUCUUACAAGGCGUUGGUGGUGACGGGGUCGGUGGUGGUGCGGCGGUUCCGCCAGAUGACUAACGUCGGAAAAGAUGAAUUCUAUGGGCACAUGACGAGGCUUGGAAGGCUUUCACACCCUAACCUUCUCCCCCUGGUGGCGUUCUAUUACAGGAAGGAGGAGAAGCUUUUGGUUAGUGAUUUUGUUGAGAAAGGGAGCUUGGCCAGCCUCUUACACAGCAAGAAAGGUUCAGGGCAGCCAGGUCUGGACUGGCCAACACGCCUGAAAAUCAUCAAAGGAGUAGCCAAGGGUUUAUCAUACCUCUACGAACACCUCUCAACGCUAACUCUCCCGCACGGCCAUCUCAAAUCCUCAAACGUCCUCCUAGACCAAACCUUCAACCCCCUCCUCGCCGACUACGCGCUGGCGCCGGUAACCAACAAGGACCACGCGCAGCAGUUCAUGGUGGGGUACAAGUCCCCGGAGUCCACGCACCACGAGCGCGUGACGCGGAAGACCGACGUGUGGAGCCUGGGGAUCCUGAUUCUGGAGGUGCUAACGGGGCGGUUUCCGGCGAAUUACUUGGCGCAGGGGAAGGGCGCGAGCGCGGAUCUGGCGGCGUGGGUGAACUCGGUGGUGAGGGAGGAGUGGACGGGGGAGGUUUUCGAUAAGGAGAUGCGCGGCGGGAAGAGCGGAGAAGGGGAGAUGUUGAAGCUGCUGAAGAUCGGGAUGUGUUGCUGCGAGUGGGAGGUUGGGAGACGAUGGGAUAUAAUGGAGGCUGUGGAGAGGAUUGAGGAGUUGAAGGAGAAGGAUGUUGAGGAUGAUUACUCGUUUGGGAGCGAUGAAGAUCUCUGUGCUUCUGCGUUGAUCACUGAUGACGAGUUCUCCUUCUCCAAGACGGCUUAGCUUCAAUCUGCUGGAAUUCGGAAUUUAAUUUAGGGUUCGUACGUGCUUCUAAUCUCCUUGAAAUUAAAACAGAUUGUUUAAAUUCAAAUUCAUGGCGCCAAAUUGUUUCAUUUCUCUAUUGGUAGAUAGGUAGAGAUGAGGAUAUGGUGGUGUUUGUGUGGAAUUUUUUUGUUACAUAUAUUUUUCAAGGUCUUUAUUAUUUUUACAUGAUUAUGUUCAAUAAAAGAGAUAUUCUUGCUUGAUUA